CAGCGAAGCGAAUGUGAACGCACUCGCAGGGGAUGAAUCAGACCAGAGAGGUGGCGGGGGGGGAGAACGGUCUGGUCGCGGGGGACGCACUCCCAUUUCACACGUCCUUCCUCACAAUUAAAAAUCUGAUUAGCAUUCAAACGUGGGGCAGGUUGCCUGUGCUACUUUGCGUUCCUGCUUCAUGCUCGCCAUCAUCUGCUGAUCUCCGGCCAGACGUCUGACAGCAUCACACACGCCGGCUUGUCACCGAGCAGAGCUAUAUUUAUUUAUAUAUAUUUUUUUAAAUCCUAAUAAGAGAGGGGAAACAUCUUUUUGCGUGGGUUCAUCCGGACACACCUUGAGGAGGACUGCCCUGUCACCACUCCAAUUAAUAUGGAUGAAGACAAUCACGUUCCUGAGGAUCUCUCCCUGGAGGAGAGGGAUGAGCUGUGCAACAUCCGGCGCAGGAAAAGGGAGCUGCUCGACGACAUUGAGAGGUUGAAGUUUGAGAUCGCCGAGGUCAUGACGGAAAUCGAGCAGCUGACGUGCGUCGGCGAGAGUAAAACAUCCCAGAGAAACAAACAGAUCGCCAUGGGGAGGAAGAAAUUCAACAUGGACCCGAAAAAGGGAAUCCAAUUCCUACUGGAGAACGACCUCCUUCAGCACACCCCAGAAGACAUUGCCCAGUUCCUGUAUAAAGGCGAGGGGCUCAACAAGACCGUCAUCGGAGACUAUCUCGGCGAACGGGACGACUUCAACAUCAAGGUGCUGCAGGCUUUCGUGGAGCUGCACGAGUUUGCUGACCUCAACCUCGUCCAAGCGCUACGGCAAUUCCUGUGGAGUUUCCGUUUGCCAGGUGAAGCUCAAAAGAUUGACCGUAUGAUGGAGGCCUUUGCUUCGCGCUACUGCCAGUGCAACCCGGGGGUCUUCCAGUCCACAGAUACUUGCUACGUGCUCUCAUUUGCUAUCAUCAUGCUGAACACCAGCCUGCAUAACCCCAACGUCAGAGACAAGCCCCCCGUGGAGCGUUUCAUCUCCAUGAACAGAGGGAUCAACGAAGGAGGAGACUUGCCAGAGGAGCUUCUCAGGAACCUUUACGACAGCAUCAAAAAUGAGCCAUUUAAAAUCCCGGAGGAUGACGGGAAUGAUCUGACGCACACUUUCUUCAACCCCGACAGAGAAGGCUGGCUCUUGAAGCUCGGCGGCAGGGUGAAGACGUGGAAGAGGAGGUGGUUCAUACUCACAGACAACUGCCUGUAUUACUUCGAAUACACAACCGAUAAAGAGCCACGUGGGAUUAUCCCCCUGGAGAACCUGAGUAUCCGAGAAGUGGAUGAGCCUAGGAAACCGAACUGCUUCGAACUCUACAACCCCAGCCACAAAGGGCAGGUCAUCAAGGCCUGCAAAACGGAAGCGGACGGGCGCGUGGUGGAGGGCAACCACGUGGUUUACAGGAUAUCGGCCCCCACACCCGAGGAGAAGGAGGAAUGGAUCAAAUCCAUCAAAGCCAGCAUCAGCAGAGAUCCUUUCUAUGACAUGUUGGCCACCAGGAAGAGGAGGAUAGCCAAUAAGAAAUAACCAAAGGCUUCUUUCAACGUCUCUCUUUUGCAUCACUGCCACGUCCAAGGCCAGCAGAAUCAGACUUUGACUUGUGGAAGCUGGGUUGAAAGCAGUGAAGAACUACAGUCACAGUAUGUGUAACAUUUUGGUGGGACAUGUCUGGAAAGACUUUGGCACCCUCUAGAGGAUAUUACAUGACAUGAGCGACAAGUACUUCCUUAACCUGAGGGUCGUGUCCUGGAGGGAAGCUUCAAAGCUAAUUAAAUCAGCUGGUCUGAUUUGUAUAUGCAAAACGCACCGAUUUACUCAAACACACAACCCUAACACACUCAAAAACGGUUUGGGCUAUUUGGCUUUCAGGUGAAAUUUCACGAUGAACCUAAAUGCAUUAGUGGUGCCUUUAGAUACGAAUGAGCCGGCAUACGAGCUGCUAACUUAACACACGGUGUAAAAGUAAUAUUGACGCUACGGUGUUGUAACAUUUUAAGCAACUGAAUUGAACACGAAUGUGAACAAAUACAAAAAUACAGCCCUCACAUGCGUAUAUUCUUUUCCCUCGGCGUGAAAUGACUGCUUGAGAGUGGACACAAUCAAGCCGUUUUUGUCCCACUUUUGCCUAUUCACGACCAGUGACGUCAGACGCUCACCUGUCUUGUGUCUUAAACGAUUUUCCAAAAAGAUUAUCAUUACGUCUGACGUGUGUUUAGACUCGGGGCCCACAAUUUGGAAAAUUAUACGUGUUCCAUAUUUACGUGCAAAAAUCUUCAUGGAUUGUUGAGCCGGAAGGUAUUGAAUUCCGCGGUUGUGACGUGGGCGGAAUGUAACCAAUCCAAAAAGCGCCCUGACUGGCGAACAAGGCGGCGUAAAUAAAACUAAAUAUGUCCACCAUACCCAAUGCUUUUUUUGUAUAAAAGUGGGUUCCCCAGACGGUGUUUCCAAAGCAUAUUUUCUGCUCGACAUAGCCAUUUUAAAACGCUCCUUUUCGGAAAUACUCGGCAACCAUCGGCUCAUAAACGGAAGUCCUUGCCUGCUCGUGUUCGCGUUUGUGAGAUCACGUGUUAUCACGCGAGACGUCUGCCUCAAGAGGACUGGCGUUGGAGCAGAAUCUAUCUGUUGGUGUGUCUCUGGUGUUCCGUGUUGCGGUUUUAGGAACAGAACACAAACAACACGACCAAAACUGUUAAAUUUUUUUAUGAAGUGCUGUCAAAGAUGAAAAAAAAAUCGUGUCCAUAUACACCGCCUCCUAGUGGCCAGGUCACACAGAGCGUGGGCAUAAUAGCAUCUCUAUUCAUUUGAUUUUUUAGUGUUUUGAGCAAAGGUCGUGCUCACAGAAUGGAUUAAAUUUGCGUUGGAUUAGAAUAUACAGCCGAACAGUUGAACAUGUGCUUUCAACGGUUUAGAGGUCAAAUUAAUAUCACCCAUUAAAUGCAUUUUAGGUCAUCCUCUAAUUCCACCUAAACCGCAAAUAUCUAAACUUUUUAUGAGUAGUGCAUUUCAUUCGUUGAAAAUACAUAUUCCCUUUGUUGGGAUACUGUUUAGCAGAUUGGGAAUUAUUUGCACUACGAUAUUAUUAUUUGAUGUCUUUAGGCAAGCAACAACUGCAUAAACACAUUUGAUGAAAAUCCACCUUUGUGAUUAUUUCUUUUGUAAUUUAUUUCCUUGGGGUUUUUUUGGGACAAAAUCACCAAUUUACAAUCUGCCUGUAUAUGAUGUACAUUUUUUUGUUUUGUUUUUAUGCAUUUUGCAAGUGAUUGAGAGGCCAUUCAUCGUUUAGUUGAACACUUUACAAUCAUGGAGAUGUGUGUAAAUGACAGCAAGAGAAUAAAGAUGCAGAAUGAUA